AAAUAGCCAAAAAUUCGUUAAUUAAGUGGAAAAAGUCCAAAAAAUGUUUUCGGUCCCUUAGGCAAUUUUGACGUCGAUUCUUCAUCGGUCUGCAAAUUGCAAUACGGUUCGUUUCUUGGGGACGCACUGUACUGGACCAUCUUCUUCCCUCCGUGGACUUCCUUGCUCAUCCGGCAUCCAAUUUUCUAUCUCCACAAGACUUCAAUCACUCUAGUUCCAAGACCUAAAACUGGUUUUUAGAAGACGAACUAGAAAGUAAUCGGACGGUGGGAGAAUCGGAAUGGAGAACGCUGACGUUUUCCUAGGUUUGCAUGACUUCUUAGAGCGCAUGCGCCAACCAACCGCCGCUGAUUUCGUCAAAUCCAUUAAGAGCUUCAUUGUCUCUUUCUCAAACAAUGCUCCUGAUCCAGACAAGGACAGUGCUCUGGUACAGGAGUUUCUUGCCAACAUGGAAGCAGCUUUCAGGGCUCAUCCACUCUGGGCUGGUUGCUCAGAUGAGGAGCUGGAGAGUGCUGGUGAAGGACUCGAGAAGUAUGUAAUGACAAAGUUAUUUACUCGUGUGUUUGCUUCACUUCCUGAUGAUGUUAAAGUUGAUGAGCAACUUUCUGAGAAGAUGUCUUUGAUUCAACAAUUCAUUAGGCCAGAAAAUUUAGACAUUAAGCCAACCUUUCAAAAUGAAACAUCAUGGCUGCUUGCCCAGAAAGAACUGCAAAAGAUCAAUAUAUACAAAGCACCGAGAGACAAACUUGUGUGCAUUCUCAAUUGUUGCAAGGUCAUAAAUAACUUACUGCUUAAUGCUUCAAUUGCUUCCAAUGAGAAUCCUCCUGGGGCUGAUGAAUUUCUUCCUGUACUAAUAUUUGUUGCUAUAAAGGCAAACCCUCCGCAGCUGCACUCAAAUUUACUGUAUAUACAACGGUAUAGGCGUCAAUCCCGGUUAGUUGCGGAAGCAGCAUAUUUUUUCACAAAUAUGCUCUCCGCGGAGUCUUUCAUAUCAAACAUUAAUGCAGAAUCCCUUUCAAUGGAGGAAAAUGAAUUUGAAAAGAACAUGGAAUCUGCUCGAGCUCUUCUAUCUGGGCUUUCAACUGAUUUGGAUAGUCUGUCUAAUCAAAGUGAUCAAAAUGUUGGAAAUAAUCUUAAAGCAGAAGUUAUGGAUUCCAAACUUCAAGCUUUAACUUCUACCAAGGAAAGGGACUCCUCCAUCAGAUCCAGCCCUUCUGAAACAAGAUCUGGCAGCAAGGACGUACAACAUGUGAAAGAUGAGUCAUCUGUGGCAAGGGUUCAAUCCCUCUCAGAUAUAGAGAACAGAGGAGCACUGAUGCUUUUAAAGGAGGACCUGGCAAGUAAAGUCUUUCAAGAAUACCCAUACUUGUUUGCUCAUACUGGUGAUCUGACAAUCAAUGAUGUAGAAGACCUACUAGAUAAUUACAAAAAGCUGGUUUUCAAGUAUGUUUGUCUUUCCAAAGGACUGGGUGGUGCUAUCCCGUCGCUUAAUCUGUCCACUUGUCAUCACUCUGAAGCUGAAACUGUCAAAGAACAUCAGGACACUGGAGCAGUAGAGCUAAAUGAUGAAUCACAAAAACAUACUACUGUGAUGGAUAGUUCGUUCACAGAUUCUCUUGUCAGUGAAGAAAAUAUCAAAUCAAUCAGUGAAGAAAAUAUCAAAUCAAAGUCCCAACUUGAUGAGACAAUAGCAUCUCAAGAGGAGGGAAAGGAGGAAAAUUCUCAAGGAUAGUUCAACGAGUCUGGGCUAUAUAGGAGUAACGCAGUUUUCAUACCCCGCUGUAACUAGAGCUACUUAUUUUUCUUUCUGCUGAAAGAACUGUUUUGAAUUUGGGUUUCAAGUACAGGGAGGACAAUGAAGGGCCAGUUAGAUAUCUAUUGUUUCUUUUAGUGACACAUACGAACGUUAUUUCCAUGGAGGCAUACUUACGAGGCACCACCUGAUCCCAGAAUUUUUUCCCCCUUGUCUAUGUGGCAUAAUUGAUCAUAUCUAGCAGAAUGCACAUGGACGUGGAUGAUUAAAUUGGUAGUACCUGUUGCUUUACCCUAUCAAGAGGUACAUCCUCUCAGUUCUUUCCUCUCUUUUUGUUCUCUAGUAAUCCAUGUUGUAAAUUAUUGCAGUACCGCUAACUGGGCUCUUGAUUAUUUUGCUGCUUUAUACUUGUACAAAGACUAUGGGAAUGAUUAGAUUCUAUCUGUUUUAGUUUUUCCUUUUGAAUUUUGUAGCUUUUAUCAAGUAUGACCGAAUGAUUUUACA